CUUGCAGACGCCCCGUUAAACGAACCAAUUCCAAAACGAGUAGCAGCGACCAUGCGCACCAGCGGGGUAGCUAUAACCAUCACUUCACUGACUGACAUUCUAGCAUUUGGAAUUGGAGCCUCCUCUGUUUUUCUUGGGGUGCGAAACUUCUGCAUUUACGCAGGGAUCGCUGUCCUGUUUUGCUACAUCAACUUUGUGACAUUCUUCAUUGCCUGUAUCGCGAUUAAUGAGAAACGGGUAGCCGAUAACAGACACAGCUGGUUUUGCUGCCACAAAAUUCAAAUGAAAAAUGAAAUGACUAACGCUUCUCCAUUUCGUCGAUUUUGUUGUGGUGGAACGGACCCUACGUCAGUGGAAGACACGCGGAGCCCACUGGAACGUAUGCCAGGCAAAAUCCUAACAAAAUUCGUCACUCGGAUUCCUUUUAAGAUAAUCACUCUGAUAGGGUUUGCAGUUUAUCUAGGUAUUGCAAUAUGGGGGGCAACUAAUUUCAAACAGGAUUUCGAUAGGAAAAAUCUCGUUACUGAUGACUCGUACUAUUUUAAGUAUAUCACCCUCGAUGAACCAUAUUUUCCUCAAAGGGUCUCGGUUUCAUUUGUUAUUGAAGAAACCCUAGACUACUCCCAACUCUCGACAGAACAGGCGAUUGAUAAGUUGAUGACGAAUGUCCAAAACGACAAAUCAGUCGAUAAUAACAAUUUAGUCAUCAGCUGGUUUAAUAGUUUCAGAUCAUCAGCUAAUUAUGAUGAUUCAUCUGAAACACAAUUUGUAGCUAAUUUGAAAACAUUUCUCAGUUCCAAUGAUCAAUUUGAAAACGAUGUUAAGUUUGACAGCACUGGUCUUAGGAUUCGAGCCUCUCGUAUAACCAUACUCACCAACAAUCUAGUUGAUUCAACUGAACAAGGCGAUUUUAUGGUACGAAUGAGAGAUCAAGCUGAGGCAUCUGUAUUGGAUGUAGUCGCAUACGCCCCUAGUUUCAUUUUCUUUGAGCAGUACAUUGCAAUACUACCAUCCACCCUCCAAACUGUAGGUGUAGCAGUAGCAGUGAUAUUUGUAAUAACUGCUCUCUUCAUGCCAAGUCCACUGCUCAUCCUCUACGUCACAGUUUCCAUGGUGAUGAUAAUGACAGGUAUAUUUGGUUUCAUGCACUUCUGGGAUUUAACUUUGAGCUCAAUAACUAUGAUUCAUGUUAUAAUGAGCGUAGGGUUCUCUGUUGACUUCAGCGCACAUAUAUGUCAUGCCUUUAUGACAGUGGAAGGGAUUACCCGUGAUGAAAAAGUCAAAAACGCUGUCUUACGAUCUGGGGGACCGAUAUGGAAUGGGGCAAUUUCUUCAUUUAUAGGAAUAAUCAUGCUGGUCUUCUCGAAGUCAUACAUAUUCAGGUCAUUUUUCAAAGUCAUGUUACUGGUGAUUAUAUUUGGAAUCGGACAUGCUCUGUUUUUUCUUCCUGUAAUAUUAUCUCUGAUAGGUCCUAUGCACCAUUCAGUCGCAGACAAACCUAUACAUGCACCCCGUGAAUUAACCAGUCGUGUGAAGACAGCAGUUAAUGGAACUGAGGAAAGGAAAACAGUCCAAAAUAAAUCAUCAAUAAACAACCUGCCAAAUCACCAUGGAUAUCCGACAUCGUUUGAUGAUAGAAGAUAUUAGAUUUUUACAAUUUUGUUCCUGUACUUCAAAUAUACUUAAAAUGCCUUUCACACUUUUAAUGUUCCAAGGUUUUUAAACAAAAGCGUAAUUCAGUCAUCCAGCGCAUUAUUAAGCUGAUUAGUAAGUUGAUGUGUAUUUUACUUCGCAAGUUUUGAGUUUAAUGAUUGACGUAAAGGACUCUCUGCGGGCCUUGAUUUCAAGUUCGAAGGGGCGGCUACGUUAUCAUUAAACAGUUCUAGCCAGCCGAACUAAAUGACUAAUAAACCAUAUCAAAAUGUUAUUAUCAUGUAUCAUUCAAUCUUACUUCAGCUAUUAAGAUAGUUCCUCCAUGGUAACAUCUACCAUGGAUACCCGAUAAAUCGAAUAGGUGUUAGCAUUAAUCUUCAUUCAUUUUAUUUAUUUUAUGGUUCCUUUUCAUGAACCUCGAAUAUCUGUGAUACUUUCUCAGUUUGUGUAACAUUAGCAACCGAGGUAUCGUUUUAUCAGUAUUGUUAUUGUAAGAGGUAUACUACAGCCGGAAAAGUUAACAACACAAGGAUUCAAGAUGGUGGAUGGUGAAAAUCAUGAGAAAGUGUCAUGAUCUCAUUCGAUAUGAAAUCAGAUCCGUUGGAUCCUUUCUUUCAUUUUGAUAAUGUCGAUUGACUCGGAUUUGACCCAGGUUUGUAUGCUUACUGUUCCGGAACACAUUGUUUUAUCCUUUAAGUUUCCGAAUGUAUCCAUGUAAAUAUAGAUUAUCAGUUAUCCCGUUUGUAUUAUCUAUAUUUUAAUUCGUUAUUUUUAUAUAUUAAUGAUGUUGUAAAUAAUAGUUCACUUAGAUUAAACAUAAUCUAGCCAAUAUGGAACAACUCAGCUAAAGGGACGAAACUGUAUCAAUGAUGUUGCUUUACUCACGGACAUGCUUUUCUAAGUUGUUUUUUUUACCAAUAUUUCAUUGUACCAUUCAAAACCACAUACACAUUUAUCCAGUGUGAAAUAAAAGUGUAAAAUAAAAUAACAAAAAAAAACAAAAACAACAACAACAACAAAUACAGGAAACGUCACGUUUUUGUGGAAUUGUUGAAGGAAAGUAAGCCCAUACAGAAAACUAAAACUUUUAUUUUUCAAAUGCAAAUACAAUUUCAAAAUAAGCCGUGUCCUGGAAUCUACGAAAAUAGUCAUAGAAGUGGUAUAUUUUCAAACAUGUUUUAAGCUUCAUAAAAUAUGUUCUUGAACACAUAAACAAAAUUACAGAAUGAUGAAAGAAGUCUUCAGUCAAAUUACUUAUUAAAUCAAAUUAUAAAAUUGAAAAAUGACUCUUUUUGAGGAUUGUUGUCUACAAUAUUUCGUGUGAACUAUUGAUAGACUAAGAAAGAAUUAUGAUAAGUUAUCAAAUAAAAAUUCUGAUAUUCAACUUUGAUUGAAAUUAAUUUUAAUAAACUUAAAAAUAGUUCGUUAGCAGUACCAAUUAUAAAUUGAGUUGUUUUCUAUCUAUCAAUCCUAGUCUAUGACUUUUGCUGGGUUUUUUUUUCACAAGUGACACAUACUCCAACUUGUAAUCUACAAAAGCAUAUCAUCUCAUUUUGAUACAAGGUACCAAUGUGCCAACAUGUAGCGCAGUAUGUUCAUUGAAUUCUAUAUUUGUUGAUACCCUGGAUCGAUAACGGCAUGGUAUAUACUUGCUAAUUUUUGUGUUUUGUUUUGUAUAAUAUAGAUGGACUGUUAAUAGAUGCUUUAUAUUUAUUGUACAUGCUAUAUAUAAAUGACGGUUUCACUUUUAUAUGUGAGUAAUCCAAUAAAAUCAUGAAUAUAGAGCUUAA